AUGAACCCAAAAACUUAUUUAAUCAUCCUAAACACACCAAUAUGUAAAACCGAACCAUCAAUCUUUACAAACCUAUGGAAUUCAUCAACCAUAAGGAUUUGUGCAGAUGGAGGAUCAAAUCGAUUAUACGAUUUUAAUUCAGAUUUCAAACCGGAUUUCAUCAAAGGAGAUUUAGAUUCUAUUGAAGAAUCAGUUAAAGAUUAUUAUUCUGGGUUAGGGGUUAAGAUUUGUUUGGAUAGAGAUCAAGAUUCGACUGAUUUAGGAAAAUGUUUGGCAUUGGUUCAGGAAAUUGAACGGGAAAGAGAAGGAGAUGAAUUGGUUUGGGUUUUGAUUCAUGGUGGAAUUGGUGGUAGACUUGAUCAAACUAUUCAUACUUUACAUACACUUUUGAAAUUAGAGUUAGAACCAAUCAAUCGAAAUGAAAAAAUGACAAAAGAUAACGAAGAAGAAGUGAUUAAGAGAUCUUAUGAAAGGCAGGUUUGGGUGGUGGAUAGUUUUAGUAAAAAUCUAACUUUUGUUAUUAAUAAAGAAUUUCAACAUGAAUUGAUGAUUGAAAAGAGUUGGAAAAGAGAAAGUGAAUUGACUUGUGGAAUAUUACCUAUUGGAGUUAAUGAAGCUAUUGUGACUACCAAGGGAUUACGUUGGGAUCUUGAUGAUACGAUUACUUCUAUGACUGGGCUUUUAUCGACUUCUAAUCAAGUUGCAAAAUGUACUGAAGUGAUUGAAAUUGAAACCAAUGAAAAUAUAAUUUGGACCAUGGAAAUUCCUAAAGAAUCAAAAGAUUUUUAA